UACCAUCCAUCCAUUCCAGUCAUUUAUGUAAUCAAAUCUUUGGUGGCCGCCAUUUAUCGCUGGUAUUUUCGAACUAAUUAGAAAAAUAUAUUUGCAAUAUAAAACAAUGACAACAUUAUUAGAGACUACCGGUAUGCGAGAAGUAGAUGUAUUUACAGGACCUCAUUCUCGGAUGAAAUAUCUAGUUCAUCUUUACAGUGAAAAGCUAAGUUCUACAGACUUUACUAGUUAUGCUGAUUUGAAAGCCCUCCUCCUAAGUUUGGUAUCAACUUUUUCCGAGUUCAAAAACCAUGAACACAUCGAGAACAAAUGCAUCAUGCAGAAGCUGCAGAAUCGACUCAAUUUUCUGCAUGUGGAAGUGACGGCUGUCAAUCAAGUUCACUCUGACAACCAUCUCUCUGAGAUGAAAGAUAUGCUGGAGGACUUGUACAAGAAAGUUGACAUGUGCUUGAGCCAGAUAGAGAUGGAGCAAAUGGGGAAAGAGGUGCAGCAAGCACUCCAGGAGUUCACGCAGGACUUCUUGCCACACAUGAAGGAAGAAGAAGAGGUUUUUCAGCCACUACUGAUUGAGUAUUUUACUAUGGAUGAAUUAAUGGAGAUUAAGACAGAUGUGAUGGAGCUUCACUCCCAACUCACCAAGUACGACCCCUAUGAGAAAGUAUUUUCAGAACAUGAACAAGAUGAAUUUGAACAGAGCAAGCUACUGGCUGUACCUGAUGAAGUCAUGCUUCAGGUGUUCUCUUACCUGAGCCCCAAGGAACUAUGCAGGAGUUCACAGGUGUGUUCUCGGUGGUCAAACCUGGCCAAAGAUGGUUCGCUGUGGAAACACAUCAACCCCAUGGACUGGGCAAUGGGUGAUUGGCGGUUUGAACAACCGAACGAAGAAGAGGAGAUCUGUGGAUGCAACAAAGAUGUCCCAGAGUAUUAUGAUGAAGAUAAAGAUUACGAUGAAUCUGGCGAAAGUGAUGAAUCUCAGAGCAGGCCAACGCCAGACUACGUCCUAGCAAUAGAGAAAGAGUCUAAGAUGCUGCGGUCCAUUGCUAGGCAUUUGCUACCGGUAGUUGGAAGCAGCGUGGAAACACUGCUCCUGGCUAACAGCUGUGGAAUCACUAGCUCUCUGUUAUAUAAGAUGCUAUCAAAUUGUCCUAAUUUGAAGAUAUUAAAUGUGUGUCAUACACGGGUGUCAGAUGUGGCAUUCAGAGGACUUGGAGAUGGUGGACUAGGAUGUAAACUAGAGCACCUGAACCUGGCCGGUUGUGUUCGCAUCACCGACAUAACCCUGGUAAACCUGGCCAAAGCCCUAUCUAAAAGAGUAGUACAACCAACACACUCCCUGACUGAUGUAAAUAAUGAUGAACACAACUUGAUUCUGGACAAGAAUGGAGUACCGAAGUGCUCCUGUAACAGUGACUACCAAGAGGGUCCUCCUGAUGCACAAAGGCCCAACGAUGUAGACAUUUCAAACAAGCAUGGAAACGAUUCCCACGUGAAAUCAACUACCGAUCCUCGUAUUUUCUCUGUUGAGGUGAAUAUCCACCAAUCAAAAAAAUUUGCAGGACCAGGCGAUGACCAUUAUAGAUGUGCGACUACAAAAAUAAAUAAAAAGCAAUGUGGAACAAAGAACGUGCAAUACAACGAAACACAGAUUAACGCAAGAAUAACAUUCAGGUAUCUGAACUUGUCUGGAUGCCAUCAAAUCACGGAUGCAGGCCUCAGGACCCUCGCCAAAGCUGGCCCACUUCCUCGGCUCCAACACCUAGACUUGUCAGGAUGCUUAAACGUGACAGCAGACGGACUCACGGAACUCACCAACGCCACAAAGAAUCUUGAUCAUGAGCAAUUUUUUUACUGCGACAACAUUCAUGGAGGCCCGCACGAGGACACUGCCAGUGGAUGUCAGAAUCUGCAGUCGGACUGUCGUGUGUGCUGCCGAAGUGGCGAAUAGUCAUUAAAUUUUGUUUUUCAGAAGCUAAAUCUGUUUUCUGGAUGUUGGAUUCGUCGCGAAGGAAGAUCAGAGAAUGAAGCGUCCAAAAUAAAUUACUGUAUCCAAGUAUUAGUUGUCAACAUAGAUGGGAUGAUUGCUGUACAGUGAACAGUUUCAAUCAAUAUGGUGACAUUUUUUUUUUUCUGUUAAGAGAUUUUCGAUUGUUAAAUGGACAGUAACUUGCGUCUGAAAAUCAUUUUAAAAAGUCAGAACACUAAACUCAAAUUAUUUAAGAUAAUCUAUAGAAGAAUUAGGCAUUGAAAUAAUAUGUAUAUUAUUUAUGAAAAGAAAUUAAUAUAAUCUAUACUAAAAGAGGUUUAUAUAUUUGGUCAUUUAUUAAAAAAUAAUCACAAAACAAAAUAAUGCUCUAUAAGGGUAUGAUUAUAGAAUAGACUGGGUUAUAGUUAAACAAGUUGCCAGUUUGUGACACAAUUGAAAGGCGCUAGGUUUCCAAUUAAGAGGUCAAUGUUCGAGUCUGACCAUUUGCUAUUUCAUUUCAUUUCAUUUAUUUCACCUUUUUUUUUUUUUUAACAAUAAAGUAAAAUAUUCAGAAAAUUUGAAACAAGGACUAGCAGUAUAAAUACAUUAUAAAAAUA